GAGAGAGAGAGAGAGAGAGGAGAGAGGGGGGCUGAUUGGUGUGCGCUUCGUUUUGACUUUUCAACACAGUCCUCUUGGUCUAUCCAUUCAUUCAACAAGUAGUAACUCUCUCUCUCUCUCUCUUAAAGCCUUUCUUUUCUGAAUAAUUAUUGAAUAUUGCUGAUAAAUUAUGCUCCGCUAGUGGGACUGGCGUUGUGGGUUGUGUUCUUCGUCCCUGUUCAUCAUCACUUCACUUCGCUUCUCUUGUCCCUUUUUCAUCGGUUAUUUCUUGCUUCCUUGGUUGCUGCUGUGCUGUGCUGUAACGGUUUCACGCUCCUGCUUUUCUUUUUCCAUUAGCGCGAAUUGGGUUCAUUUCGGCAUUUUUUCGUGGAUCCUUCGCUGGGUCGGUCGCGUUUGCGAAUGCCCAUCUCUUCGAAUCGUGAUUCCUAUGUGCUUGUUGAGUUUCAGCUGAAGCGGGGGACUCCGGAGGUUGCUUGCAGCUGGUGAAUGGGGUCUUUCAUGGGUCGCUCGGCGGGUCGUUGGAUGUGAAUCUGAUGAUGUCUUUCGCGCUGCUGUUUUUUGCGGCGGUGACCGUUUCCGAUUCCGGGUGCUAGAUGGGUAGUGCCUCUUCGGCGAGAUAAGGGUCGGGGCGCCGUUGUUGGGUAGCGGGGUUUCUCGUAUGCAGUAGCCAUGGGGUGCGUGUAUUCGAGAGCUUGUAUUGGCGAAAUAUGUGCUCCGAGGGAGACCAAAGUCAAGGAAGCUGAUAACGGUAGAGCGGUCGAGUUUCCCGUGUACUCGCCCAGGUCUUCGGAUGGACAGGAAUCGGAGAUCAGGGAUCAGCUGAACCAGCUGGGCUUGAGCAGAGACUCCGAAGCGGGCAUCACUAGGCUCUCCAGGGUCUCUGCUCAGUUUCUGCCCCCGGAUGGGUCCAGAACGAUUAAGGUGCCGUCGGGAGACUAUGAAUUGCGUUACUCCUUUUUGUCGCAAAGAGGAUACUACCCGGAUGCUCUUGAUAAGGCCAACCAAGAUAGUUUCUGCAUCCACACGCCGUUUGGCACGAACCCGAAUGAUAGCUUUUUCGGAGUCUUUGAUGGGCAUGGAGAGUAUGGAGCUCAGUGCUCUCAGUUUGUUAAGAGGACAUUGUGUGAGAAUCUGCUUCGAAAUAGUAAGUUUCACGUGGAUGCUGUUGAGGCAUGCCAUUCUGCAUUUCUGACUACUAACUCACAGUUACAUGCUGAUAUCUUGGACGAUAGUAUGAGCGGGACUACUGCCAUUACGGUAUUGGUUAGGGGCGGCACUAUAUAUGUUGCUAAUUCAGGUGAUUCAAGAGCAGUUAUAGGUGAGCGGAGAGGGCAGGAUAUCGUGGCAGUCGAUUUGUCGAUGGAUCAGACACCUUUUCGAGAGGAUGAGCUUGAACGAGUGAAGCUUUGUGGCGCCCGUGUCCUCACAUUGGAUCAGAUCGAGGGGCUGAAGAACCCUGAUGUACAAUGUUGGGGAACUGAAGAAGGUGAUGAUGGCGAUCCACCUAGAGUUUGGGUACCAGAUGGAAUGUAUCCUGGUACAGCUUUUACGAGGAGCUUAGGUGACUCGAUUGCAGAGACCAUAGGGGUUGUUGCCAACCCUGAGAUUGUUGUUCUGGAACUCACAUCCAAUCAUCCCUUUUUUGUGCUUGCCAGUGAUGGAGUAUUUGAAUUUCUCUCCAGCCAAGCUGUAGUCGAUAUGGUUGCCAAAUUUAAAGAUCCUCGUGAUGCUUGUGCUGCUAUUGUAGCUGAAUCAUAUCGACUUUGGCUUCAGUAUGAAACUCGUACUGAUGAUAUUACAGUGAUAGUUGUGCAUGUUAAUGGGCUGACUGAAGGAACUGCUCGUAAAGUAGCAAGUCCUGGCGCUGUUUUGCGACCCCCGGUUCCGCAGGUUGUGGAGGUAACAGGAUCAGAAUCUCCUUCAACCUUUAGCUGGAGUGGCAGGAACCAACGAGUAAGGCAUGAUUUAUCAAGGGCUCGCGUUCGAGCUAUUGAAAAUUCUCUAGAAAAUGGGCAAGUUUGGGUUCCUCCUCCUCCAUCACACAGGAAGACUUGGGAAGAAGAAGCACACAUUGAGCGUGCAUUGCAUGAUCAUUUCCUCUUCAGAAAACUUACUGAUUCUCAAUGUCAUGUUCUGCUGGACUGCAUGCAAAGAAUUGAGGUCCAGCCAGGUGAUGUUGUUGUUGAGCAGGGUGGAGAAGGUGAUUGUUUUUAUGUUGUUGGCAAUGGAGAAUUCGAGGUCUUAGCGACACAGGAAGAGAAGAAUGGUGAGAUAACUCGGGUUUUGCAGCGCUAUACAGCUGAGAAGUUAUCAUCUUUUGGCGAGCUUGCACUUAUGUAUAACAAGCCACUCCAGGCAUCUGUUCGAGCGGUCACUAAUGGAACUCUGUGGGCUUUGAAGAGAGAAGAUUUUCGAGGAAUUCUUAUGUCAGAAUUUUCCAAUCUGUCAUCAUUGAAGUUGCUUAGGUCUGUGGAACUUCUGUCAAGGUUAACCAUCUUGCAGCUUAGUCAUGUUGCAGAUUCUCUUUCUGAAGUCUCCUUCUCUGAUGGGCAGACAAUAUUUGAUAUGAAUGAAGGUCCAUCUGGGCUGUAUAUCGUCCAGAAGGGACUAGUGAAGAUCACUUUCAACCCUGAGAUGAUUAAGAAUCCUAACAUCUGCAGUCUCAAAUGUGAUUAUGUAGAGGAUGAGGAUAGUCGACAGAGCAGUAAUGACAUCUCAUUGGAGAAGAAUGAGGGAAGUUAUUUUGGUGAAUGGGUGCUUCUUGGUGAGGAAGUUGGUUCAGUUGGUGGAGUUGCCGUUGGUGAUGUCAAAUGUGCCAUUUUGACGAAGGAAAAGUUUGAUUCUGUGGUGGGUCCUCUUGCAAAACUAUCUCAGGAUGAUCAGAAGGAAAGGGAUCUUAAUCCAGAAUUCAUCAAUGACACCAAAAAUACCCAUGUUUCUGCCAUAGAUAAAGUUGACCCCUCCAGCUUGGAGUGGAAGAAGUGCUUGUACUCUACUGACUGCAGCGAGAUUGGGCUUGUACUUCUAAAUGAAUCAGAUAGUUUGCUUAGUUUAAAAAGAUUUUCGAAGCAGAAGGUCAAACAACUUGGAAAGGAAGAACAAGUGUUAAAGGAAAAGCAUUUGAUGAAGAAUAUAAGCCCUUCAGCUUGCAUGCCACAAGUUUUAUGCACUUUUGCUGAUAGAAGACAAGCUGGCAUACUGCUAAAUACUUGUCUUGCCUGUCCUUUGGCUUCAAUACUAUACGCACCACUUGAUGAUCCAUGUGCAAGGUUCUGUGCUGCCUCCAUUGUAAAUGCCUUGGAAGUGCUACACAAGAAUGGUGUUCUCUACAGAGCUGUGUCUCCUGAUGUUCUAAUGCUGGACCAAUCAGGACAUAUACAGGUGGUAGACUUCAGAUUUGGGAAGAAGUUGUCUGGUGAGAGAGCAUUUACCAUAUGUGGAAUGACGGACUAUUUAGCACCAGAAGUUGUCCAGGGAAGAGGCCAUGGUUUCCCAGCUGACUGGUGGGCUUUGGGAGUCUUGAUCUAUUUUAUGCUGCACGGUGAAAUGCCUUUUGGUUCGUGGAGGGAAAGUGAGCUGGACACAUUUGCAAAGAUUGCAAAAGGCCAGCUAUCUUUUCCCGAGACUUUUUGCCCCGAAGCCAUUGAUCUCAUCACGAAGUUGCUUGAUGUUGAUGAGAAUACACGACUGGGAAGCCAAGGUCCCGAGUCUGUCAAAAGUCAUCCAUGGUUUGACACUAUUGAUUGGAAGGGGAUUGCAGACCACAGUUUUCCUGUUCCUCAUGAGAUCACCUCCCGUAUUACUCAACAUUCCGGUAAUAAUGUCGAGGACCGGACCAUUUUUCAUGUUUCACCUUCUAGAGAUGUGGAGGAGCUCAAUACUCCCGAAUGGCUUGACGACUGGUAGAGUUAUUGAGUGGAUUCAGAUUAGUGCAACCUUUCUGGAGGUUUUCGUUUUCCCUACUGAUUCAAGUGCGGGAACUGACGCAACGGAAAGCAAGGGAAAUUACGAGGGACAAAUACGAUCAAUCUUGUUUGACAUCUCAGCGACAUGGGAAUAACAUUGAAGCGACCAAUUUUUUUAGGGACGGUUCUGCUGCUGCUAGUAUUUCGCUGUCCAAGCUGCUCAAGGCAUUCAUCAGUUGAUAAAGUUUUCUGCCAAUUUCUCCACAACCCCCCCUGCCCCCCCCCCCAAACCGUAGUGUAUAUUUUCGAGUACUGUAAAUACACAUACAUGUACAUAUAAGCAGAUCGACGACAUAUCAGUUUUGCAGAAUUCACGACGGUGGCUGAUGAGCAGAUUUUGCCAUCUAUUGGAUCCAUCAUUAAUUUCAUAGUAAGAUUAGUCUGCUGUUCUUUUGUUAACUAUAGAGACGGAUACGCUUAAUGCAACUAUGCAGUUAUCUUUGCAUUUGCAGUCGACUGCUUCUUGCC